AUGUUCCAGCUGCCCACUCUCAACUUCUCCCCGGAGCAAGUGGCCAGCGUGUGCGAGACGCUGGAGGAGACCGGGGACAUCGAGCGGCUGGGGCGCUUCCUCUGGUCCUUGCCCGUGGCCCCCGGGGCGUGCGAGGCCAUCAACAAGCAUGAGUCCAUCCUGAGAGCCCGGGCCGUGGUGGCCUUCCACACCGGCAACUUCAGGGACCUCUACCACAUCCUGGAGAACCACAAGUUCACCAAGGAGUCCCACGGGAAGCUGCAGGCCAUGUGGCUGGAAGCCCACUACCAGGAGGCCGAGAAGAAGCUCCGGGGCCGCCCCCUAGGACCGGUUGAUAAGUACAGGGUGAGGAAGAAGUUCCCCCUGCCCAGGACCAUCUGGGACGGGGAGCAGAAAACCCACUGCUUCAAGGAGAGGACUCGCAGCCUGCUGAGGGAGUGGUACCUGCAGGACCCCUACCCCAACCCCAGCAAGAAGAGGGAACUGGCCCAGGCCACCGGGCUCACCCCCACGCAGGUGGGCAACUGGUUCAAGAACCGCAGGCAGAGGGACAGAGCGGCGGCUGCCAAGAACAGGCUUCAGCACCAGUCUAUCGGACAAAGUGGCAUGCGGUCGUUGGCAGAUCCAGGUUGCCCCACACACAGCUCGGCAGAGUCACCCUCCACAGCGGCUGCCAGUCCGACCACCAGUGUGUCCAGCCUGGCAGAGCGAGCUGAGACUGGCACCUCCAUCCUGUCAGUCACCUCCAGCGACUCAGAAUGUGAUGUAUGA